AAAUCUUUGGGCACCAUGCUGACAGACCUGGAGGAGGCCAUGGACUCCCUCAUUGACGUCUACCACAAGUACUCCCUGAAGAAAGGGAAUUACCAUUCCGUCUAUAAGGACGACUUGAAAAGAUUGUUAGAGACAGAGUGUCCUCACUACACAAAGGAAAAGGAUGCAGAUACGUGGUUCAAUGAGUUGGACGUCAAUAGAGAUGGUGCCAUUAACUUCGAGGAGUUCCUCAUCCUGGUGAUCAAGGUGGGCCUGGAAGCCCAUAGAAAGAGCCACCAGGUGUAG